AAACCGGAAGUUUACGAGCGCUCUUUGCUCCCAGUUCCCUCCCAGCGCUCCCAGUAAGAGCGGCACUGGCAGGGAAAGCGCUCCCAGUUCCUGCCCGGGGCUCUCAGCAUCGCUGCCGCUGCUCUCCGUGUCAUUCCCAGCGCUCCCGGUAUCACUCGCAGCGCCGCGCGGGUCGCAGCCGCUCCGACAUCGCCCGGGCCAGAGCGCGGCUGCUUUUGGGUGUCGGCACCUGCCCGGGCCGGGCUGGGAGCGGAGGAGGAGCGGGGAGGAAGAGGACGAGCGGGAAGAGGAGGAAGAGCAGCAGCGGGAGGAAGAGGAGGGACACGGGAGGAGCGGCAGGAAGAGGAGGAGCGAUUUUGGAACCACGCGCUUCUGCCGCCCGCCCGCACAGAGCGCAGCUUCCCCCGGGUGCGGCAGCAUCGCCCCCCAAAAACGCGCAGGAUUUCCCAUAGCUUGGCAGCUAGGAGGAGAAGAAAGAGGCCAUGAGGACGAGGUCGAUGUCCCGGGAGCCGCAGGCAGACAAGGAGCUGAGCACGGCCAGCAGGGAGGACAAAUCCCCGCGGCACAGCCUCGGGCAAGAGGCCGUUUGCAGCGGCUCCACGGCGCAGGAAUGCAUCGGGGAGGAAAAGCCCCGCAGAUCCCGCAGCAGGAGGGGCUGCAAACGCACAGCCCGGGGAUCCCAUCAGGAAAGAGCCAGCCCGGGCCGGGGAGGCGGCCGGAGCUCACAGCUGGGGCUGCGUGAGCAGCUUCAGCGUGGGGAGAAGCCCCACAAGUGCUCGCAAUGUGGGAAGGGAUUCACGUGGAGAUCAGAACUGAUCAAACACCGGAGAGUCCACACGGGGGAACAGCCCUACGAGUGUGGGGAGUGUGGGAAGAGAUUCAGCCGCAGCUCACACCUCAAGAUCCACGAGAGGAGCCACACUGGAGAGAGACCCUACGAGUGUGAUAAAUGCAGGAAGAGGUUUCAGACCAGAUCUAAUCUCGUCCUGCACUAUCGCAUUCACAAGGAUGAGAGGCCUUAUGAGUGUCAUGACUGCGGGAAAGGAUUCAAGCAAAACUCCACCCUUAUCUUGCACCGGCGCACCCACACUGGGGAGAGACCCUACGAGUGUGAUAAAUGCAGGAAGAGGUUUCAGACCAGCUUUUGUCUCCUCGAGCACUAUCGCACUCACACAGAUGAGAGGCCUUAUGAGUGUCAUGACUGUGGGAAGGGCUUCAAGCACAGCUCCACCCUCGUCAAGCACCGGCGCAUCCACACUGGGGAGAGACCCUACGAGUGUCCCGAGUGUGGGAAGAGCUUCUCAAGGGGCAGUAACUUGACCAGACACCAACGGAGUCUCCACUGAGAGAAGCCCUGCGAGUGCCCCGAGUGCGGGAAGAGCUCCGUGCGCUGCUCCAGCUCCAUCCCCCAGGGCAGGAUCCGCGCUGGAUGAUCCCCAGUGACCCCCGAUGGGCAGAGCCCCGCUGAGCCCUGGUGCCGCUGAUCCGUGUUGGGAAGACACCUGGAUGGGGGCUCCACAUCCUCCUGCCUCCCAUCCCAGUCCAAUUCCCAUUCCCGCUCUCCUUCCAUCUCCCUGUCCCGUAUUCUCUGCCCGGUUGUCCUUCCCAUAUUCCCAGUCCCAUAUUCCCUGUCCCAUAUUCCCCGUGUGUUGGGAAGGAUAAGGAUUUGACAGGUAGCUCUCACAGAUAUGUACAUAAAACAUUUCCAUUUCCUAUUCCCAAUCCCAUUCCCGUAUUCCAAUUUCCAAUCCCUUUCCCAUCUUCUAAAUCCCCAUCCCAUAUUUUCUCUCCAAUUGCUAUUUCCAUAUUCCCUGUCCUGUUCCCACACUCCCAUUCCCUGUUCCUGUUUCCUUUCCUGUUCCCUUGUCCCUUUCCCCGUUCCCGGAUGUGGGACUGGGGAACACAGAAGCCUCUCUGAGUCCCUCCAAGAGAGGACAGAAUACAAGAAUUAAAAACCUUUUGAGAAAUGAAACUACAUAUGCCACACGGACAUGAAAUAGAGGUCUGUGCUUUUGUUUCUAAGUAGAAAUAUUAGUUUGCAUAGAUAUGAAGUAGAAGUAUAAAUCUUAGUCUGAAGUAAGUAACAAUAUGUUUGAGGUGCCUUAAAAGUAAAAGCCUUAGAAUCUGGCGUGAAAAAUAACGUGCAGUGAGAGCUCAAGACCAGAGCUCUAGAGAGAACAAAAAUACAGUAAGGACUUUCCUAUAUUCUUCAGGUGGAACAAACACCACCUGUGCACAAGUUAGAUGUAAAUAUUUGUAUUUCAGAACCCCAAUUCUCAUAGGUUUAGGAGAAAUGCUUCAGAUUCCUGUUUUUUGAUCAUUGGAAAUUUUGUCAAGAAAAAUCCGUGUCUUGGAGCCAGAGCUCUCUCUCCCUCCUCUCUCGUCGCUCUCCCUUCCUCCCCCACCAUCAUCAACACUACCAGCACGGGAGAGAAGAAGAAGAGGAAGAUGAAGAAGAAAAGAAGAGGAGAAGAAAGGCCAGGGAGCAUCUGCCUCUGGAGACUCUGCACCAGGCCGCAGCUUCGACCUCUUGCAGCAGAGAGCUGCUCCUGCUUUCAUCGGGACGUUGUGGCAGAGACUGAACAGGGACUGGAGAGCCUUGGGCUCUUUGCCUUUGGAGCCUGACGUGCCUUUCCCAGAAACAACUUUACAGCAGCUGCUCUUCUCUUGGCAGAUCUAAAGCCACAACCAAUCCCCACAGCCGGUCGCAUUCCCGUUCCCUGCCCUUAUUCCCGUUCCCUGUCCCUGUCCCUAUUCCCGGUUCUGCUCCUCGUCCCUGUCCCAUAUUCUGGCUUUGAGUCACGUAGUCCCAGUCCCCGUUCCCACUCCAGGUCCGGAAUUGCUGCACUCAGUCCUAAUUCCCUGCCCAGUCCCAAUCUCGUUCCCUUUCCCCAUUCCCGGUCCCAUUUUCGGUAUUGGUGCCAAUCCUCAAAUCCCGGUCCCUUUCCGAAUUCCCUGUCCCACAGUCACGGUCGCUGUCCCCAUUCCAGUUUCCAGUGCCAAUUCCCGGCGCCGGUUCUCCGUCUUCCGUAUUCCCGGUUUCAAGAAAGGUCUUGGUCCCAU